AUUCAUUUCCGUAAGCGUCCUCAGAAAUCCAAGUUCUUGGAGAAAUUCGCUUGCAGAAAGAUGGCUACCUAUUUAGAACGUAUUAAAUUGACUUGGGAUUUGAGUGCAGAAGAUAUCAAGAACCGUGCCGAGAGUUUGAAAACAACUGUUAAAGAUGUAUACGAUAAAGUUGGAGCUCUGAAAGCGGAUGAGUUGAGCUAUGAAAAUAUAAUUCAAGCUCUGUCAAAUAAUGACAGUUACUACAGUGUGCAGAGAAAUAUGCUAGAUUUCCCUCAACAUGUGUCAUCCAAGAAGGAGAUCCGUGAAGCAAGUACAGAGGCAGACAAGAAAUUGUCAGAAUUUGAUGUUGAAAUGAGUAUGAGGCAGGAUGUAUUUGAUAAUUUAGUGGCAUUUCAAGAGAAGACAGAUGUGUCAAAACUUAAACCUGAAGCCAAGCGCUACCUUGAGAAGCUUAUUAAAUUGGGUCGACGAAACGGUCUACAUUUGAAUAAGGAAGUUCAAGAAAAGAUAAAAACCAUGAAGAAGCGGGCCAGUGAUAUUGCGAUAGAUUUCAACAAGAACAUUAACGAUGAGAACACAGUGUUGGAGUUCACCGAAAAGGAAUUAGAUGGUGUUCCAGCUGAUGCCAUCAAGAGAUUUGAGAAGACAAGUGAUGGCAAGUGCAAGGUAACCCUACAAUACCCUGAUUAUUUCCCGGUCAUGAAGAAGUGUAGGGUACCAGAGACCCGACAGAAGAUGGAGUAUGCUUUCAACUCAAGGUGUAAAGAGGCCAACACUAAAAUAAUGGAAGAAUUGGUAGAAAUUCGUGAUAAGAAAAGCAAACUGUUGGAUUUCCCAACACACGCUGCAUUUGUUCUAGAUAUGCGUAUGGCCAAGAAUCCUGAAACGGUUAGCACGUUUCUAAAAGACUUGUCUCAGAAACUGCGCCCUCUACAGGGUAAGGAAUUGAAGCGUUUCUUAGAAUACAAGGAAGAAGAGUGCAAGAAGUUGGGCAUUUCAUUUGAUGGCAAGAUAAACUACUGGGAUAUGAGGUACUACAUGACCAUAGCAGAAGAGAGGGAAUAUUCCAUUGACCACAAUAAACUCAAGGAGUACUUCCCCCUGGACCAUGUCACCGUCGGACUACUGGACAUCUACCAGGAACUUCUUGGUUUAAAGUUUAAGGAAGUGCCAAAUCCUCCUGUGUGGCAUGAAGAUGUUCAAAUGUUCACUGUUGUUGAUGCUGAGAGUGGAAAGUUCAUGGGUCAUUUCUUCCUUGACCUUUUCCCUCGCGAGGGCAAGUUUAGUCAUGCAGCUUGCUUUGGAUUGCAGCCUGGUUGUCUAGAACCUGAUGGUAGUAGACAAUCUGCAGCAGCAGCAAUGGUUGCUAACUUCACCAAGCCUACCGCAGAUCAGCCAUCUCUUCUCACUCAUGAUGACGUGGAGACUUUCUUCCAUGAAUUUGGUCAUGUGAUGCAUCAGAUCUGUGCCCAGGCUGAGAUCAGCUUGUUCAGUGGAACUCGUGUUGAGCGUGAUUUUGUAGAAGCACCCUCACAGAUGUUGGAGAACUGGGUGUGGGAGAAGGAGUCCUUGUCGCGAAUGUCCAAACACUAUAAAGAUGGCAGUCCAAUUCCUGAUGAGCUGAUGGAAAAACUGGUGAAAGCACGCAACGCAAAUGCAGGAGUCUUUAAUCAGCGCCAAAUCCUGCUUGGCACCUUCGACCAAACCAUCCAUACUAGGCCUACGGCUGACACACAAGCCAUCUAUGCAGAGAUUUCCAAGGACGUUCUUCAGAUCCCAGCCACUCCAAACACUAACAUGUGUGCUUCGUUCGGCCAUCUUGCUGACGGCUACGACGCCCAGUAUUAUGGCUACUUGUGGAGUGAAGUUUACUGCAUGGAUAUGUUUCAUUCCCGCUUCAAGAAAGAAGGAAUAAUGAGCCCUAAAGUAGGAAUGGAUUACAGGAAGUUUAUCCUUCAACCAGGUGGAUCAUUGGAUGCCAUAGAUAUGUUGAAAAAUUUCCUGGGACGCGAACCAAGCCAGGAAGCCUUUCUGGUCAGUAAGGGAUUGCAAGCCUAAGUUUUAAUUUAUCGAGUGCCUUAAUAUGUGAAGCCCUAAGCGAGUUAUUAAUGUAUCCAGUUUAUCUUGGGUUUUACUCAGAAAACUGUUGUUAUGAUUGUGUAGUCUUUUUAUUCUAAGUUCAAAACGUUGAUAGUAAGUAGUUUAAAACAUGUCUUAGUAUUGUGUCUUAAAUUAAGCAUCAAUAGAUGUCAAGUUGAAAACUGACAAAGCCAAAUUAUUUUACCUUGCAAUUAUUUUUCAAAGAAAAUGUAUAAAUCUUUGAAUGAAAAUUGAAAUUAAAUUUAAAUUCAUUUAAAAUUUGAAAUUCAUUUAAAUGACACUUUCAAUAGAUAGUUUACUUCAUCAGACAUUUAUUUUACUUAUAUUUAUUUCAAGUAUAUAAUUUGUUUAUCAAGUAUAUUUAUAUAUAUAGAACUUCUUAGUAUAUCAGAGUCUCUAAGUUUGCUGUGAUUUUUUUAAAAUACAAUAAGCUAAAUAUAUGAAAUUGAGAAAUGGUGUAUUAAAUUCAAAUUCUAAUUUAGAGUGAUAGAACUAGCCCCUCUAGAAAUCCAAAGACUCUCAGAGUCAAUAAAAAGUCUUAAGUUGGUAAAAAUGAGUGAAUGAAAAGGUGAUAAGCAUCCUCUUAAUUCUAAGGGAGGGGGUAUUUCAUUCAUGUGGAUGUUUACUAUUGUAAUGUGAUUGUACUUUGGUCACACUGUUCAACACUGUCACAAAUGUUAUUAUCUUUCCAGUAUAAAGCCAAUAUUGUGUAAUGAACUCAUUGUACUUAAGUUUUUACAUCACCAUGCAAAUAUUUAUAAAGAAUAAACCAAACUUGGAAAUAAACAUUGGAGAUAAAUUACAAGUAAAUUGAAAUAUGUAUAUAAAUAAUGUCUUGCAAUAUGACAUUCAGUUGUUUGUGUAAUAAAUAUAUGAUGUGAAGGGCAGAA